GCCACCGUUGUGGUUCCUCACACUUGCACCCAACGGAAAACCAGAAGGGAAAAACACAGGGACUGCAAAAUAGAAGAAGACUGAAGACACCUCAAAUGAGACUCGCACAAUGGCUCUAAUGGCAACGAGAACGAAGCUCCCUAGGCUUCUUUCUUCUGGGUCUCGGUCCCCGUUGUUUGGGAGGCUAGGAGCAAUGUGUUCGUCCACUGCGGCGGCUCCGGUGGAGUCGAGGCCCGUGGGAUUGGGGGUACUGGGACUGAAAGACUAUGAGGACUAUCGGAGGUCUUUGUACGGUGAGAUCACCCACAAGGCCUUGCUGGUUGACGCCGCCGGCACGCUUCUUGUUCCUUCCCAGCCUAUGGCCCAGAUUUAUAGGACGAUUGGGGAGAAGUAUGGGGUGAAGUUCUCAGAGGAUGAGAUAUUGAACAGAUACAGAAGGGCUUAUGGCCAGCCUUGGGGUAGAUCUCGUCUCAGAUAUGUUAAUGAUGGGAGGCCCUUCUGGCAAUAUAUAGUCAGUUAUUCCACUGGAUGUUCAGAUACUCAGUACUUUGAAGAAAUUUAUAACUACUAUACCACUGACAAGGCUUGGCACCUCUGUGAUCCUGAUGCCGAGAAAGUAUUUAAAGCUCUUAGAAAAGCGGGCGUGAAGUUGGGUGUUGUCUCAAAUUUUGACACUCGAUUAAAACCUCUAUUGCGGGCUCUAAAUUGUGAAAAUUGGUUUGAUGCUGUGGCAGUGUCAGCUGAAGUCGAAGCAGAGAAGCCAAAUCCAACAAUAUUUCUAAAAGCUUGUGAUUUAUUAGGAGUGAAGCCCGAGGAUGCUGUACAUGUAGGGGAUGACCGCAGGAAUGAUAUAUGGGGUGCUAGAGAUGCAGGUUGUGAUGCUUGGCUUUGGGGAAGUGAUGUUCACUCUUUUAAGGAGGUUGCUCAGAGGAUAGGGGUCGGGAUUUAAAAGAAGAAGAAUGUUCUUAAGCGUCUUCAAGCUUGAAGGAUGCUCUAGAGGUGGUGUAUGCAUGUACAGGUUUCUUAAGCUUUCUGUAAGAGGUGUAUAUAUUCUUCUCUGUUGUAGUCUGUGUGAGAGAGAUGUGAGGCAGGGAGUGCUGUUCUAACCGAAUGGAUAAAUAAUAGUAGGACAGUUUUGUCCUUUCUAUGAAA